AUGGGAAAUUACUUUCAGCGACUCUUGAAAGCAGACAUUUUUAGUCAUACAGAGAUUACUCUUUUUGAUUAUGCAGCUUUAGAUCAGCAAAGGCAGAAAGAAACACAGCGGAAAGGGGGAGGAUCUGGUUUUCUGGCCCCAUUUCCAUUAUCAGAUUCUCUGGUGAAAUUCUUUGGUACUGGGGAGGAUUCUUUAUCACGGGCUGAUGUAGUUAAGCGCAUGUGGAAUUAUAUAAAACAAAAUGAUCUGCAG